AUGUUGGGCGGCAAUGAGGGCUGUCACUGCCACAGGGGAGACAACAGACGCGGGCUCUGCUGCACGCCCCGCCCCGCCCCACCAGAGGUAGAACCCAUCAUGGAGGCUACCGACGACGAUGGUCUCCCCAGUUCGAGCAGGCCUCUCUUUUGGGAGCAUGUGGGAAAGACGCUUGGGGUUGAGGGCGUCGUGAAUGUCGGCCCCCUGCUGCCUCUUGCAGUUUGCGCCCUCGUUAAAAGCCAAAACCCUUCAUGGGUGGUGGGUGGCAGUGAUACGGCAGGCCGUGAUGGGGAUGGAGCCGGCGUUAACAUGGCAGCAAGCAAGGCACCGUCUAGCAACGACACGGGCGACAAUGCUGCUGCUGUGGGAGGCGUUGAACGAACCGGUUGA